UUCCACCCGGAGCGUUUGGCGACGAGGACACCGUCCGCUCUGAGCGCUCUCUGCCACGUCGGAAAUAUUAUCAGUAAAUUCAUUUCUGGAGCUCUGAAGAGCAAACAGGACACUUUCUGAAGAGUUCAGCGGCGAAGCUGCCUGUCAGAGCGAUAUAAUCAAACAUGGUUUCCGUCAUCAACACAGUGGACACCUCACAUGAGGACAUGAUCCAUGAUGCUCAGAUGGACUAUUACGGCACCAGACUGGCCACCUGCUCCUCCGAUCGCUCUGUGAAGAUCUUUGACGUCAAGAACGGAGGCCAGAUCCUCGUGGCUGAUCUGAGGGGUCACGAGGGUCCGGUGUGGCAGGUGGCCUGGGCUCACCCCAUGUACGGCAACAUCCUGGCAUCCUGCUCCUACGACAGGAAGGUGAUCAUCUGGAAGGAGGAGAACGGCACCUGGGACAAGAUGUAUGAAUACACCGGCCACGACUCGUCCGUGAACUCCGUUUGCUGGGGGCCGCAUGACUUCGGCUUGUUUCUGGCCUGUGGCAGCUCAGACGGUGCCAUUUCUGUGCUGACCUGCUCCGGAGAUGGACACUGGGAUGUUAAGAAGAUCAACAACGCACAUACAAUCGGCUGUAACGCUGUGAGUUGGGCCCCAGCUGUUGUCCCAGGGAGUCUUAUUGAGCAGCCAACAGGACAGAAGCCCAGCUACAUCAAGAGAUUUGUGUCUGGAGGCUGUGACAAUCUGGUCAAGCUGUGGAAGGAAGAGGACGGCCAGUGGAAAGAGGACCAGAAGCUGGAGGCGCACAGUGAUUGGGUGAGAGAUGUUGGCUGGGCUCCUUCCAUUGGUCUCCCGACCAGCACAAUCGCCAGCUGCUCACAGGAUGGUCGUGUGUUUAUCUGGACGUGUGACGACCCAGCCGGCAACACCUGGACGGCCAAACUUCUCCACAAAUUCAAUGAUGUGGUGUGGCACGUGAGCUGGUCCAUCACAGGAAACAUCCUGGCCGUGUCAGGAGGGGACAACAAAGUGACCCUGUGGAAGGAGUCAGUGGAUGGACAGUGGGCUUGUAUCAGUGACGUCAACAAAGGCCAGGGGGCCGUGAGCUCCAUCACAGACAGCCAGCAGAACGAGCAGUGAAGUCUAUCUCCUCUCACACCUCCAAUCAGACAUCGUUCUGCCCUCAAAGACUUUCUUAAACGAUAAAAGUGCAUCUCACUCCCAGAUAUGAAAUAUCAGCGGAUAUGAAAUUUUGUUUUGGUUUUCAACCUUUUCAUGAAUGAUUGUCUCUAUUGCUUCAUUUCCAAACAGGAUGUUUGAACUGAUUUGCAUUAUUUGUAAAAAAUGAUUCAUGGAGAAGUAAUACAAAGUUGAUAGAGUUGAAAGAUGGUCCAAAUAAAUUUGCGCAAUGGACUUCAGUGACAUUAGUGACUUUAAGACCAAUGCGACCAUUGCAUAAUAAAGUUUUAUAUCUUAAACUAUAA